AUACUUUCGUCCUUCUCCUAAUAAAUUAUCGAACUGUUCCUUACCUGCACUUAGUAACCCGACUCGCUAUAAGUUACUUGGCACAACUCAAAUUUAUUUAGUUGGUGGAUACAAGUCAUGAUGAAGUGUAUCCACUGGGAGCUAGCUCUCUAUAUAUUAUCCAAUUUGGCAUUCCUUCAUCUUGCUUAAAAUGCCAAAGUCCUAAACCACUAAAAUUCCAUUGCUAUACCACCUUCACCUCAUAGACGACUAUGGCCAUUGAAGAAGGCAAUCUUUUCUUUCUUAUACUUCUUCUUGUACCUCUUUUAUGUCUAAUCCUAAAACACUUGAAACCUUCGAGCACACCGCCACUUCCUCCAGGUCCAUUUCAAUGGCCAGUUUUAGGCAACAUUCUCCAACUAGGCAACAAGCCUCAUAUAUCUCUAACCCAUUUUGCUAGAAUUUAUGGGUCAGUCUUCUCUCUUAAACUUGGAACCCAACUCGUAGUCGUAGGAUCAACACGAGAAGCUGCCAUGGAAAUCCUCAAGACCCGUGAUAGAACUCUAUCAGGAAGAUAUGUUCCUCAUUUGGCGCCAACCAAAAGUCCUCAACUUAACAAGCUAUCGCUUGGUUGGAUUGUGGAGUGCAACGAUAAAUGGAAGUAUUUGAGAACUAUAUGCAGAACUGAGCUCUUCUCAUCCAAAGCAUUAGAGUCACAGAAAAGUAAACGAGAGAAAAAGAUCUUGGAAAUGGUUGCAUUUAUCAAGAAAAUGGAAGGGAAAGAAUUGGAAGUUCGAAAAGUGGCAGUGAUCACUGUAUUUAACAUGUUGAGUAGUAUAAUGGUAUCAGAGGAUCUUAUGAGUUUGGAUCAAGAAAAUGCAGAUGGAGAAAUGACUUCACUUUUGCACAGUAUACUGGAGUUGGCUUCUACUCCUAACAUUUCUGACUUGUAUCCAAUUUUGGGAAGAUUUGAUUUACAAGGUUUACAAAAGAAAAUUAUGGAAUUGCAUGAGAGGUGUUUUGAAAUUUGUGAAGCUAUCACUGAAGAAAGAAGACAAGGCAAAAGAAUGGACGCUUCAAGAGGAAGUGACUUUCUUGACACUCUCAUCAACAAUGGUUCCAGCAAUCAGCAAAUCAAUGUUCUGCUUCUGGAGCUUCUAUCUGCCGGCACUGACACUAGUAGCAACACAAUUGAGUGGACAAUGGCAGAACUGAUGAAGAAUCCAAAGUGCAUGAAGAAAGUUCAAGAAGAAAUCACAAGAAACUUAAUCCCAGACAUUUUAAAAGAAUCCCCCAUAUCAAACCUAACAUAUCUUCAAGCUUGUGUUAAAGAAACCUUGAGAUUGCAUCCUCCAGGACCAUUUCUUCUUCCUCACCGCGCUACAGACACAUGCCAAGUGAUGAAUUACACCAUUCCUAAGAACUCGCAAGUUCUAGUAAACUUCUGGGCAAUUGGAAGAGAUCCCAAGUAUUGGAAAGAUCCUUUAAUCUUCAAACCAGAAAGAUUUCUCAACUCAAACUUGGAUUAUAAAGGCAAUGACUUUGAGUUUAUACCCUUUGGAUCAGGAAGGAGAAUUUGCCCUGGUUUACCUAUGGCUGCCAAGCAGGUUCCGUUGAUAGUUGCUUCCUUGAUCCAUUUCUUUGAUUGGUCUCUUCCAGGUGGAAAAGACUCAAUUGAUUUAGACAUGACUGAGAAAUAUGGUUUAACUUUGAGGAUGGAAAAACCCUUACUUCUCAUUCCUAAAAUUAAGCUAAGAAAUAAGAGAGAGAUGGCUUAAGUUAAUUCUUUGUUAUAUAUUAUUUUUCAUGGUUUUUGUAAUAAUCCUUUAUCAUGCAAUAUUUGUCAAGUUUAUGCUACACCUUCUACCUUAAUUCCUACCCUGAACCAGAUCACCAUGAAGGAACAUGGUUCACCAAUCAAAUCUAUCAACAAUUUUACUCUUUGUUUUGCCAUCAUGAAGAUACGAUUUCUCUUUAUUGUAAAAAAUGCCAUGCAUCAUACAUAUUCUGUUUUUCUCUCUGUAUCGCACCAAAUUUACAUAUACAGCUUUGAGCUUUAAAUUCUAAGAGACCACACACCUC